AUUGUACCAGAUCGGAGCCAUCGACCAGCUGCGCAAGAAUUCUGCAGAGCACCAGGCGGUCACUUGCCGCCACCGGUACCCUACGGCAUCCCGGCUAUUAUGCAUUUGAAGACGGAGGAACUAACAUUUGAGAACGUCAUCGAGCCAUUAAUCAGUGAAGAGGAGCAGGUUUUGUAUGCAUUUCAUACACUCUGGGCACGAAUGAUUACAGACUGGCCGAUUUCUGAGGAAUUGGAAGCCGAUUUUUUGAAGACACUUUAUGAACGAAACGAUGUGAUGGAGAAGUGGCAGCGACGUCUUAUUGACUUCUAUUAUUUGCAAAUGAAAGCAUCGGGGAUGGGCGAAACUCCAAAGAAGCAGGAACAGUUCGCUGCUCAUGAUAGCUUUGUUGAGCAUUAUACACUUUAUGAACGAAACGAUGUGAUGGAGAAGUGGCAGCGGCGUCUUAUUGACUUCUAUUAUUUGCAAAUGAAAGCAUCGGGGAUGGGCGAAACACCAAAAAAGCAGGAACAGUUCGCUGCUCAUGAUAGCUUUGUUGAGCAUUAUGUCUUGCGCUACAGGAUGGUGCUACGAGACUCCGAGGACAUGCAAAACAUUGAGGUGACUGAUGGAAAAUUGUUUCGGGAUGCUCCUCCGCACAUCUUAAGACAACUUGCAGUUGGCAGGGCGGAUUAUAUGCAGGGGCCGUGGCUUGUUGCUGCGUCCAUCCGGGCGAUCAAACCAGUUUUGCUGUACUGCUCCGAUAGAGCAUUACGCGCAUCCGUUUGGGAAAAUUGGAUUUCUCGUGCGGCUAAGCCGCGUAAUAUUACACGAGUUACAAGCAACGGGAGGACUAUCGAAUCGAUCAGAAGGCAUCAGUUAGUCCGUUUUCGCUUUCCUCAUUUGGCUUAUAAUCAAUAA